UCUUUGAAUUCAAGUAUCGUGAAAUUUGACUCAAAGUCAUCAUCUAAAAGUACCCGUCAGGAGUCCAGAGUUGCAUUCACAGGCAGUCAUGUCGAGACGAUACGAGAAACUCAGAAAGAAAGUUCAUCCAUGUCUUUAGGACACACCUUGGAAACCGUCUCUAAGUCAAAGAAGAAAGCUCUUUCAGCCGUGAUUUCGUCUGUCGAAAAUAUUUUUACCCCUUCCACUGUUUCCCACACCAAUUCGUCAUUGGAGCCCAAUAAGCCUAUCACUGAGUUCAUCAGUUUUACUCAAUCCGAUCAACUUCCUCAAUCCCCAAACGAUAUUUCAAGUUUUACGAAAAGAGCAUCUAAGCAAACCCCUCUGGCAAACAAUUCGUUUAUUGUUAUUCACCAAGCAACCACUCAUUCCGAUUCCGCGACACCUAUGCGAAAACAACUUCCCUCAUCAUCGUUUAAGGUAAAGGUUGAGGACGAAGAAAAGGAGGACGAUGAAGAAGACGAUGAGGAUGACGAUGAGGAUGAGUACGAAGAUGAAGAGGAUAAAAGCACUUUGGAUGCUUCAGGGAAAAUUGCAUCUUGUCCCGUCUCUAGUCAGAUUACGCCCGACUCAAGUCGACAUAGUGCGAUAUAUAGACCACAUAAGACAGAUCAGGAAGCUUGCCCUACUGAAAACCAAAGAGUUUUACCACACGGCUCAAAUUUACCCACUCGUUCUGUUUCGUUGCAGGCCCUUUCCCUGAACCAUAAGUUGCCUGAGCAAACUAAAGGCAACUCUUUCAACAAAGCAGAUUGCUAUUGCCCUGAAGGUGCUCUUCAUACACCUUUGAGGCAACUUAAACAGUGGAGAUGUGCCAAUAAACUCAGCUCACCCGCCCCGAUAGAGGCGACACUUUUAGAUUUCGAAGACAAUCACAUAGCCAGUAGCUGUCUGGCAGAGAGAUGGCCCCCGGCUAUAGACCAGGAUAUCUGUCACAAUAGUAUGACCGAGGAACGUGAAUGCAUGAGCAUCAAGUCUUACGUGAUCGGUUUGCCACCUGCUACUUCACCCAUGGUUAGCUCUUUAUCCAGACAACGUCCCUUAUUGCCACAUCACGAUUCUUCAAGCCAGCUUGCUUCUGAGCACGGUCUUACGAUUUUUGCAUCUCGAUCGACUCCUGACAACUCUACUGACUUGAUCAGUCACUUUGAGGCUUUAAAGCCGAGUUCUGAU